AUGGAAAACAAAAAUUUUUCCCAAAACAUAUUCUAUAAAGGGUUUAACGAAAGAAGAGUGAAUUACCUGAACGUUAAUGCAAACACAGAGUUCGAAAACGCACACAGUUUGAAUGUCUCCUCAGGAGUGACUCCGAUUAAAAACGCCAACGAAGAAAGCAGCAUGUUAAAAAUGAAUGCUCAAAAAGUGAGUGGCGCGAGACAGGCGGGGAACACGAAGGUUAAUCAAACCGAAUUCGUCGAUAAAAUUCAAAGCCACGUAAACCUUAACAAUAUACACUCCAACGCGCCUUAUGCAAACGGGGGGCUCUUAUAUGUGGACAACAAAAUGAGCGGAGCGAACGUGAACAACCACGUAUAUAGCAGCUUGGGAAACGCCCCUUCAGGUCUGGCAGCCGCCGACGGGAGUGCACACAAAAAUAUUUUCACUCAAGGGAUUUACCCCGACGUGAAAAGCUUCGAUAGAGUGGACUCCAAUCGGCUAGACGCAAACCGGCUGAACAUGAACACGUUUAGCAACAGCAGGAACGUACCCAUGAAAAGCGGUGAGUACAUUUUUUCCGGAGCACAAGAGCACUUGGGGUAUAUGGACGCCAAGGAGGGGGGCAAGGGGGGUCCCCCGGGUGGGGGAGGCCGCGUGGGGAGUAAUCCCAUUGCGAGGGGGCACGCUGGAGGGACACACACAGGAGGCACGCACAUAGCAAGUGGCAACCUUUUCGGGGGGCACGUUUUAGGGAUGCGCGGGAAGGAGAACCAACUGGGUGCGUACCGAAUGAACCCGGUCAAUGGUGGGCCGAUGCCAGCGUCAGGGAAGAGUGCAGCGGCGUAUGAAGGCGACCACGCCCAGGCCAGUCGCAUGGACAGCAUGAUGAAAGACGGCCUCUUUGGCAGCAUGUAUCGCACGAUUCAGGGCGGCACCAGCGCAAGCAUGAAUGUUAACGCAAACGCUAACAUGAAUCCUAGCACAAAUACCAACGUGAAUGCUAGCACCAAUGCGCAAAGCAGCUUAUCGAACUUCCUUAAUGGCGCAAUGAUCAGGAACAAACCCCCCCCCAGUGACACAGCCAUGAAUGAAGUACCCUUCCAGACACCGGAAAAUCUGAACAGCACCAAAAACCCCAAUUUGAAAGUAUUUAACAAUCAGAGAAAUAAAUUGAAAGACGUGGAUGCGUCCAACAUGUCGACAAACCUCAGUCAUUUGAGUCAGUUCAGUCAGCUGAGACAGAACAUCCCCUUCAGUAAUUUUUCCAACACGGUGAGUACCCAUCACCAUAGGGUAAAUAACAAUCAAAGCUUCAACCACAUAAGUAACUUGGGCAGCGCAAUGAAUAAGCUGGACAGUUUUAACCUACCACCUACACAGGGGUCAAACAGUAUGCAUAAGGGGGCCCUAUUGAACAGCACUCUGCUAAGUGGGGCACUUAAUAGCAACGGCAUGAGCAUUCCAGGAAUGAACCUCUCCAACGGGGGAAACCUUCAUAGCUAUGGAAAACACAGCAUUACUAACCCGUUAAGUGGGAAUGCCCUCGGAAUGGACGGGGGAGGAACUCACUUCACCGCGAUGGUCCACGACGUUGGGGUGUCGCACGCAGGAAACCAGGGCAACCUGGAAAGUCAUGCAAAUGUGGGAAGCCUCGAAAGCCAUGGAAAUAUGGGCAGCAUGGCAAACACCAACCUGGCGGGCAUCCCAAUGGCCAACGCGUCGAGCAGUGGAAACCUUAUGGGUGUGGGGAAGGCCCCCAAAGGAAUCGCCGAGGGGCACAUAAAGGACAGGGGGAACCUAAUCAAUUACGGAUACCUGCACAGCAAGGGGAAGGUCGGUGACCUGAUUGGUAUGGGAGUGGAUAGCACAAAGGGGGGGAUGGUUAACGAGGCGAAUUCCAAUUAUAUUGGCAUGAGUUUAUUUGGUGCAGGAAUCCCCCGUGCGAGCGGACUGCAUUAUGUAAGCGCUAUAACUGGGCAGAAUGUCUACCCGGGGGAGCCACUCAAUUUGAAAAGCAAUUCAGAGAAGGCAGAAAUACAGAGAGGAGAAGCGACCGUGUUGAAGGGAGGAGUGAUGGACGGGAGUAGCGCAAUCACCCGCACCACUAAUCAGUCCAGCGCGAGCCAAAGCGGCCCAAACAACAACGUCAUCAGCACGGACAACUACGCCAACCUUCUGAAGCACCUGUGCACUCCCAUCAAGAAUAGACUCGCCAGCAACACCACAGAUCGGUUGAACAGAGUCAACAUUGGUGAGUACGCCACUCAGGAGGGAAAGUUUCCCGGGGGAAGUGCCAAAGAGAGUAACAUUUUGGGGGUGCAUGAGAGCGCACCGGCCGAUAUGUUCGUGGGUAGCGGGCCCUUCAAGGGGAAUGCAGACGAGGGGAACGCGCAGGAAAAUGUCAAUAUUGGCGGCCUCUCAGGGACAGUCGAUUUUAGUGGAGACGGCGACGUUGUGCGUAAGGAGCCGCCAGACAGCAUCACCAGUAGCGAUAACGCUGCCGCUAAUAUCGGCGGGGGCGCGCCCAGCUGGGGCCACGUGUACGACCUGAAGAAGAUGAAUCGGUUCGCCGAGAAGAAGCGGAGAGACGAGGAGACAAUCGAGGCGGGAGGCACUAACAGGGGCGAUAACGGCCCCGAUGUCGAGGACCACACCCAAGGUCACAAGCAGGACCGCCACCACUGCCGAGACGACGGGAAGAAGAAGCCGAUAAGGACCAACAAGACCAAGACGAAGGCGUUCUUCUACAUCAAUCCCAAGUACAUCAUCGAGCCGUUGAAGAGAAAGAUAUAUCAAAACAUGUCCAUCUAUAUCGAAAAUUUAAUAAGUGACGUUCAAGCCAGUGAGAAUAAGAACCGAGGGGAAAUAUUGGCUGAGCUCCAUAACACUCCCUGGUUCUGCAUGGUAUUUGAUUUCGAUGGGAUUAGCAAACUACUGAAUGUGUUUAAUAAGUAUUUGAUUUACUCCGACUCGCUAAUCAUCCCUGAUGUGCUGAUCGGGAAAAAGUUGGAAGCGGAAAGCACUUGCAGUGUACUCCCCGCCCAAGGGAAGAAAGAAAACCAAUCGAAUACAGAAAAGCAAUCCAGUGGAGAAAGCCAUCCGAAUGGGGAAAGCCAACCCAAUGAAGAAGAACAACAGAAUGGAGAAGGCCAACCCAAUGAAGAAAAACAACAGAAUGGAGAAGGCCAACCCAAUGGAGAAACACAACCGAGUGGAGAAAGCCAACCCAAGAGAGACCCCAAUUAUGAUCACACACAGCAGGGACAGGGGCAAGAACCGUUUCAUCACUACUUCAAAAAAAGUGACAAUCUAGAUUUUAUUAAUAAAAAAAUAAAUGAAUAUGAACACAGCAUAAUCGAGAGUGCAGAAAAGCUGUCCUAUCUGAAAGAGCUAUGUACAUCCAUAAAAGGACAAGUGGAUACAAAAAAAAAAAAACUUCUUCUCCUCAUCGAGACUGCCAAGCUGAAACUCUUUGCAUACAAAAGCAAAGAACUUCAAACCAUCAUCGACAUUGAAAAGAAUUCUGGAUUGGUCACCGAGGAACAUGAACAGAUUAACCUAACGAACGAAUACUAUGACAUGUUCAAAAAAAUCAAUGAUGGAUUAAACUUUUUAAGAAAAUACUCCAAUGUGAUAAUCUCAACGCAGACUAUGCACGAUGAAAUUACCAACGAUGAGGAGAAUAAACACAUGUGCCAAUCUUCUGUCUCCACGGAUGAUUUAAGCUGCGAAAAUAAUUUGAAUGGCGUUGACCAGGAGGAGGAGGAAGAAGAAGGGGAAGAGGACGACAAUGACUACGAGGAGGAAGAGGAUGGUGCCCAUGGGGGUGCCCAUCAACACGGGGGCGAAGCAAACUACCAACGGAAUGAUCACACCGAUGGGUACGCACAUGAUCACCUCAGCAACAUGCACAUGUCCCCGGGGAAACGGAAGAAAAGAAGAAAAAAAAGAAACGCCCACGAGGACCUCCUGCAGAGGAAGAAUCCACCCCACGACGAGUUCGACGAUAAAGCCGACAAGGAGGUGAGCAAGAAGCGGAAGACUGUCAACGAGAUUAAAAACCUGCAGUGGGAAAAGGAGGACAACGAGGAGUGGGUCGACGAGUUUUUGGAGGACUUCUGA